CAGAGAGCUGCACGGAGGGGAAAGGGAGAGAGUGUUUGGAAUAUGGAAAGAGACGAGGGUGAUUACGAAUGGAAGAGAGGCUGAGAGUGCUACUCAGCAGCAAAUGCAGGCCCAGGAGGACGACACAAGGCAAACAGACAGGUGUGUGUGUGUGUGUGUGUGUGUGUGUGCGUGCAUGCGUGUGUGUGUCUGAGAACCGCCUGUGUUCAUUUCGUGGACAUGGCUGGAUGUGCAGUGUGAAGAUGGACGUGCAGAGAAAAAGGAUGGAUGGAUGGAGGAGCAUGUAGAUCGUGACGACCUUGGGCCGAACUUUCUGCCACGCUUGCCAAGAGACUGAUGGUGUCACGUGAUCACCACACCUCCUCAACAUCUGCAGGAGGUCAUGCAGCACCAGUGUGAGUGACGGGCAGCGUGAGCCAAUGAGCUUCACACCAAACCCAGACAGGGACAGCCUCCCGCUGAAGAAGAGGGACCAAAGACUGAGCUCACUGUCACAUCAGCAGCAGGAGUGUGAGGCAGCAACAUUCAAGGCCCCUUAUCCUUACAAGAGCCGCAAUGAGUGUAAGACAAAACACACGAGCCCCUUCCAGCCGUUGCCGAGACGGGUCCCUGCUCUCUACCAGCCCUGGAUGCAGAUCCACACAUCAUCCACCACCAGGUCCAAGCCUCAGGUGCUGUCUGCCUUCAAGGAGCACCAUGGCUGGGCAGAGUGGAGAGAGUUCAACCCCCUGCACCCUGGAUGGGACUUUCCCUACCACCAUCAGCACCAAUUACCUGGCACACCUGCAGUCCAUCCACACCACCCCUCUAGAUUCAGCCCCAUCUCCCUGGUGUCUGAGGGUUUCCGACACCGCGAAGGGUACAACUGGGAGCAGCUCAAGACAUUAAGGGACAAGAGUUUCAAUGCAGAGAGGCAAAGCAAUAGCAGGAAUAAAGGACCAUAUGUGAGGAGAAGAGACAGGAAAGUGGAGUAUUUUUCCAGGUUUGAAAGAGCAAGUCCUCCAUCGUUGAGCACCUGCCGACCUCACCCUGCUCACGAGGACCAACAUGAUUUGUUGUACACACCAACAAACAUUGUCCCACAACUGGUUUCUGAACAUUCCCUCAGAAGAGUUUCCUGCAGCGAUAACUCAAACAGCACAUAUACCUCCAUGAAAGAGGACACAUCCACUCUGCCCUCUUCCGAACACGCGUCUCCUUCUCCUGACCGUUUCCCCUGGCUGCUCCCUCACUUUGUGGCCGGCUCUCUGAUCGAGCUCAGAGACGGGCGGCUGAGACGGGUGGAGCACCUGCAGACGGAGGACUUCCUGCUGGGAUCGCUGGCCUGCCCGGACCUGCGCCUGAGCUGCUGCACGGUGCAGAGCAUCUCUCCUUCAGCCUACAACUCCUCCUCCUCCCUGUCGCGCCUCCUCAUCCUGCUUCACGACCAACAGACGCAGGAGCUGGUGGAUGUCUAUGUGGAGUACCCGUUCUUUGUGCGUGGGCAGGGCUGGUCCUCCUGCAGCCCUCAGAGAACUGCCUGUCUCUGUGGCCUCCAGUGCCGCCAGCUGAGCGUGGGGGACGUCUGCCUGGCCCUCACUCCCGUCUCAGCUCCGUCUCAGCCAUCACUGUCAGCCACACUGGAGCCAAAAACCUCACGCCUGAAGUCAGAGAGAGGGUGUGAGCCCCCCAAGGUGUCCCACCCACAUGUUGUACCAGGGCCACAGUGGCCAUCAGGGGAGAAGAAGAAGGAGGAGGUAAAGACAGUGCGGAGGAGACGUUAUUCGGCCCCCGAGCUGAGAGGUCCAGGGACUAAUUGCAUGAAGUGAAAGGGCCACUGGUUUAUGAGCAGGGAUUAAGUCAGUCUCUGUUAAGCUCUGCUAUCUUUAGCUGUAUUUGCUGUCUUUCUACCUCCUGAAUCAUAUUUCUGUGCAUGACUGUCAUCUUAAAAAUGUGUAUAUCUAUAAGGAGUAAAUCUAAAGAAGAUCGUUAUCGCUCAGGAUCCCCUAGAGGUUAUAUUAGCACAUAUUUGUGGAGGUCACACUGAUUAUGUGAGUUGAAUCAAGGUUAAAUAUUCCACUGUCUGUGAGCCUAAUCAAACGCUCAUUCAUGUGAGAAAGCACUUUUUGAGAGGACAUGUGAAAUAUGUGUCGCCGCAGGGAGCUGCUGCAGUGACAGUGAGGUUGAGAAGGAUCUAUCUAAGAAGAUAGUUUCAGUUUUCAUUCUGAGUGUUCAUGUUCUCCCCAGCAAUCCAGACAGAAUCAGCCCGCGUUCCUUGAAAGGCACAUAAAAAACACUCCCUCAGGUCGUUCUCUGCUGGUGAUAUAUUCUGAAGCUAUCUCCUGCCUAAUGUUAUGUAAGACUUCUUCAUUUCUCACAAAUGAUCGAGUUUGGGGAAGUUGAGCAUCGACAAUCAACACCUUUGUGAUUGAAUCAGUACGAUUUUCAUUCUUACGCUUCUACCUCUAUUUUCUAUUCACAGUGACAGAUGUAAUUGUGUGUUUUUAACAGUGUGGGCUGUGAUGUAAUGUGCUCUGCUGGAAGCGUUCAGCUUCUCAGUGAAUGUCACUGUGGAUGCCUUUGUUUGCCAAGUUGUUGCACACAUUAUGUAAAGUAUGUGCUUUGCUUUUUGUACUGACGCCUAUUUUACGAGUGGAGACGCUUGUGCUAUUCUGAGUAUAUUAAAGCCCACAAUCAGUGUACAGCACCAUGUGUGGGCGCUGUGAUGUCACUUCCCUGUGAGUACUCACGGGUCCCAGUGAAUGAGGAGGAACUGAAAUGUGGACCAUGUAGACUCAACUAUUACUUCAGUUAUGGCAGGCAGGUUGCUGUAAACAUGACCACAGAUCAGGUCUUUAACUUGUGGAGCAGUUUUCUCACUGUUAAAUAAAUAUGUUGUGUAAAA